AUGGAAGUACUAGUGGUCAGAUCUACCUUCUUGAGGAACUUUGUUGGAUUAAAUGGAACCAUCCAGGCUGUGUUCAUUUUCCUUCUGUUUCCCGUUUGCUUGACUAUGAGUUUCAGAGCACGCCCAGUUUUUGCAAAUAAUACUUUUGUCUGGGGCUGGAAUGCCCCAACUGAAGUAUGUGCUCAAAAGCAUACAGUGAAAGUAGAUCUAAGUCUUUUCUCUUUAGUAGGAAGCCCCAAACCAGAUUAUGCAGGAAAAGGUAUAAUAAUAUUUUAUGAGGAUAGACUUGGCUAUUAUCCUUAUGUACAUGUACAAACAGGCAAAUCUGUGAAUGGAGGAAUUCCCCAGCUGGGACACCUACAAAAGCACUUGGACUAUGCCAGUAAACAGAUUUCCCACUACCUUCCAAGUAACAAAAUGGGCUUGGCUGUUAUUGACUGGGAAGAGUGGAGACCUACCUGGUCAAGAAACUGGUUGAAAAAAGAAGUUUACAAGAUUCGAUCUAUUGAGCUGGUUCAGCAAAAAAAUAUAAAACUAAAUGAUUCAGAGGCUGCUAAAAUAGCCAAAGAAGAGUUUGAGAAAGCAGGAAGAAAAUUUAUGGAAGAUACCAUAAAGUUGGGAAAAACACUUCGGCCAAAUUACCUAUGGGGUUAUUAUCUUUUUCCUGAUUGUUAUAAUCAUGGAUAUACAAAACCGGGUUACAACGGAAGUUGCUUUGAGAGAGAAAUACAGAGAAACAAUAGGCUCAAUUGGUUGUGGAAGGACAGCACGGCUCUUUUCCCAUCCAUUUAUCUAAAAUCCCCCCUGAAGGCAACUCCACUUGCUGCUCUCUUUGCCCGUAAUCGUAUUCUGGAAUCCAUCCGUGUUUCUAAAGUGCACGGUGAUGGAAAUCCUCUUCCGAUUUUUGUAUACGUGCGUCCAGUCUUUACUGAUACUAAGGAAUACCUUUCUGAGACUGACCUUGUGCAUACAGUUGGUGAAGGUAUGGCUCUAGGUGUCUCUGGAAUUAUAGUGUGGGGGAGCCUCAAUCUAAGUGACACUGUGGAGUCCUGCGCAAACAUAAAAAAUUACACGAAGAUUGUAAUGAAUCCGUAUAUAAUCAACGUCACCCUAGCAGCCAAAUUGUGUAGCCAAGUGCUUUGUAAUGAUAAAGGAGUAUGUGUAAGGAAAAACUCGAAUUCAAGUGACUAUCUUCACCUGAACCCAAGUAAUUUUUCUAUUAGAAUAGGGAAAUUUGGAAAAUACAGAGUUGUUGGAAAACCCACACUUGUAGACAUGUGGAACUUUUCUGAAAAAUUUCAAUGCAGUUGUUUUACCAACACUCAGUGUAAGAAGAGAGUUGAUAUACACAAUGUUCAUUCUAUUAAUGUGUGUGUUGGUAAAAAUGUUUGCAUAAGAGCAUGUUUAAAAUCAGAAGCUAAUAAUUUCUUCAGCUUGCAAAAGUGA